AUGGGCCUUCUGACCAAAGGCACUCCACUCACCUGGGCUGAGCUAAAGCCGUAUGUGAAAUACGUCAAGGUAUGUGAUCUUUGCGGUUUUGUUAAUGCCAAUGAUUUAGGAACAUGGAAUUGCCCAGUUCAUCACUUUGUACCAUCGCCUAAAAGACCGAGAGGGCGAUCAACUCAGGUGGGGCGACGAGAUCGAGUACACCAUUGUUAAAUUUGACCACGAGAACAAAAAGGUGGGCUUUCUUUUUUUUGAAAUUUGAAGUACAGUAAGGGACCUGAUCCAGUGGCAAAAAACGUACCAUUUUGCAUCUGGGAAGCAUCAAAAAUGUGGCAAAAUGCUUCCCUCUCCAAGUGAAAAAACUUCGUUUUGAAGGGCGCGGCCUUUCCCUCACAAAAAGAGCGGGCGCGCUUUUGAAAUCGCAGUUUUUUUCACUUGGAGAGGGAGGUAUUUUGCUGCAUUUUUGAUACGUCAAAGAUGCAAAAUGGUACGUUUUUUGUCACUUGAUCAGGUCACUGUAACAGUCCGCCACUGUAAUAGGCUCUUUGAACUUAUUGCUUUUGUUUAGGUACGUGUAUGUCUUCGCGCCGACGAUCUCCUCAAACGUCUUCAAGCCCAAGAAGAAGUGAAUAACAUGGUGGGGACAGAGAAUCGCGCUCUCUGGCGACCUGAGUUCGCCGCAUACAUGGUGGAGGGAACGCCGGGAGUGCCAUACGGCGGCCUCAUGUCUUGUUUCAACAUUGUCGAAUCGAACAUGAUCCUCCGCCGCGCCGAAGCCACUCAGCUCCUCAGAAAGAACGAAAGCUUGUUGUCCAUCAGCUUCCCCAGUCUGGGCACUCCAGACUUCACGGAUCCGCCAAGCAAACCCGCCCCCGACGAUGUCGAAGGAGCCGGGCGGAGUGUGUUCUUCCCGGACGAAGGCAUUUAUUCUGGCCAUCCCCGAUUCCGCAACCUUGUCCGGAAUAUCCGUCAACGCCGCGGACGUCGUGUCGCCAUCAAUGUCCCAAUCUAUAAAGACGAACACACCCCUCAGCCGUAUGUGGAGGAGUUCACCGACCCCGAAGCCAAAGUCAUGGCCAAACCCGACCACAUCUACCUGGAUCACAUGGGCUUUGGGAUGGGAUGUUGCUGCCUUCAAAUGACUUUCCAAGCUGUGAACGUCCAAGAAGCCAGAUGGCUCUACGACCAGUUGACUCCCAUUACCCCGAUCCUUGUGGCGCUCAGCGCAGCCACUCCCAUCUUCAGAAGCCGAUUGGCGGAUGUCGACAGCCGAUGGGACAUCAUUUCUGGGGUAGGGAAACUUGUUUCUUACAGUGGGGGACCUGAGCCAGUGGCAAAAAACGUACCACUUUGCAUCCGGGAAGUAUCAAAAAUGUGGCGAAAUGCUUCCCUCUCCGAAUGAAAAAACUUUUGUUUCGAAAGGCGCGCCCUUUGCCUCACAAAAAGAGCGGGCGCGCUUUUGAAAUCAGAGUUUUUUUUUCACUUGGAGAGGGAAGCAUUUCGCCACGUUUUUUAUACUUCCCUGGUGCAAAAUGAUACGUUCUUUGCCACUGGAUCAGGUCCCUCGGUUUUGAAGACUUUUAUUCCAUUUAUCCGUUUUUUUCCAGAGUGUGGACGACAGAACAGCCGAGGAGUUGGGAGAAGUCCCAUUGAAGAAUGAUGAAUUUGUUAUCAAGAAGUCCCGCUAUGAUUCCACCGACUGCUACAUCUAUCCCUGUUCGGCUCCAUACAAUGACAUCGAGUUGGAGUACGAUCCCAAAAUCCUGCAGCAACUCCUGGACGGCGGCGUGGACGAGAUCCUCGCCAAACACAUAGCCCACAUGUUCAUCCGAGACCCACUGCAAGUUUUCAAGGAGAGAAUCGAACAAGACGACACCAAAUCCACCGAGCACUUUGAGACCAUCCAAUCCUCCAAUUGGAUGAAUAUGCGAUUCAAACCACCACCUCCGGAUGCCCCCGAGAUUGGGUGGAGAGUGGAGUUCCGACCAACCGAAGUCCAGUUGACGGAUUUUGAGAACGCCGCUUAUUGUUGUUUUGUGGUUUUGCUGACUCGGUAAGUUUUAGCAUUUCCACAAAAUGCCUGGACAUUUUUUUUGCUGUCGCACAGUGCAUCUUGAACUUUUGCCGCCAGCGCACAGUGCAAUUUUCCCUUUGCGCACCGUGCAAACCUCAAAAAACCCGUUUGCACUGUGCAAGUUCUCGCGGCGGCGCAGUUGAAAAAAGCUUACGUCGCAGCGAUAUUUCAAAUGCACAGUGCAAAACCAAAAAAAAGGUCAAUGCACGGUGCAAAAAAUUGGUGACUUUUGUGCACAGUGCGCGCCGCGACAAAUCUCCAGGCACUUUGUGAAAAUUCUAAUAGCAUAAAAAGUCUUAGAUAGCGACGGGUUGUUUUCUGUUCUUUAUGCCAAUCAUUCCAGUGUGAUUGUCUCAUACAAACUGACCUUCCUUUCUCCCAUCUCUAAAGUAACCGAGAAUAUGAAGCGAGCCCAGACCAGGGAUGCUGUUCUCCACCAGAAACUCUUCUUCCGCUCCAAACUCUCUACCUGUGAUGCACCGCCGGAUGUCGACAAGAACGGACCGACCAAGAAACCGGACCUGGAAACGGUGGAGAUGACCAUAAAUCAGAUUGUAAACGGCGAUGGAAAAGAAUUCCCGGGGCUAGUACCACUGAUCCGCCAGUUUCUGGAUGGGGCAGAUGUUGAUGUGGACACCAGGUGCACGAUCACACAGUAUUUGAACUUUAUCCAAAAAAGGGCAUCUGGCGAAAUCUGGACGUUGGCGCAUUGGAUGAGAGAAUUCGUGAAGAAUCAUCCAGAUUACAAGAAGGAUUCCUUUGUCCCCGAUUCCACUGUUUAUGAUCUGAUCACCGAGGUGAGUUUGUUAUUUUAUAUUAGGCUUUGGGAGGCAUUGGGGUGAAAAGUCUAGGACUAUUGUCGUCUAUUAAUUAAGAGGUUUUAUAUAAUUUUUUUUCUAACAAGGACUUCUACAGGGUAUGGAGUUAGAGAUCGAGACAUACAUCAAAAAAAUCGCAAAAUUUGUCUGAUUUAGAAUAUGUAAAAGUUAGCUGCCUAAUUUUGGUUUGUAAGGGUGAAAAAGUCCUCUGAACUUUUCCCGCAACACCACGCAAAUGCCUUUUUGACCAGGUUUUCACCAAAUCAAAAGCUUGUUUUUGAGCUAAAGCAAACUCUGGUAUCUUGACAAGCCUUACAGCAAACUUUUACAUAUUCUGAAUCAGAAAAAUUUUGCGAUUUUUUUUUGAUGUUUGUCUCGGCCUGUAACUCCAUACCCCAUUGAAGUACUUUCAUUGUAAGCAAAAGCGUGCUUAAUCUAUUCUUUGUAGAUGGAUGAAAUCUCAAAGGGAGAAGCACAUUGCCCCCAUCUGUUGGGUUGUUUCCGCACCAAGACCGACGAACGCAUUCCCAACGCUGUCCGCCGCGCCGAAGAAGCUCUCAUCAUGAGCAUCGCCAAACGGCACAUCCAAUAG